GCAUACAUACUCUCAAGAUAAAAAAAAAAUGCUAUUUAAACAAAACCCAUGAACGUAAAUAAAAAAUUCCUACAACAGUACAUCAACAAUAUGCAGGCGAGUUUGUUCCUUGCAUCGGUCAUUCUCUUUACCCUCACGAAAAGCGAAGAGCACAUCAACAACACUCCCUUUCCCAAAGAUUUCCUCUUCGGUACCGCAACGUCCGCUUACCAAGUCGAAGGUGCCUGGAAUGUUGAUGGAAAAGGUGUGAACAAUUGGGAUAAGUUCAUACACACGAAUAGAAGUAGAAUCAAAGGAAAUGACACUGCAGAUGUGACUUGCGAUUCUUAUCACAAAUACAAAGAGGAUGUCGCCUUGUUGAAGUACCUGGGCGUCCAGUUUUACAGGUUCUCCAUAUCUUGGACCAGGAUUUUGCCCAAUGGUACCCAAGGUAAAAUCAACCACCAAGGAGUCCAGUACUACAAGAACCUCCUGAAGGAAUUGAAGAGGAACAACAUCACGCCGAUGGUGACGAUCUUCCACUGGGACACCCCCCAAGCUCUGGAGGAACAGGGCGGCUGGACCAACGAGCGUAUCGUCCACUGGUACUCCCGGUACGCCCGGCUGUGCUUCCAGCUCUUCGGCGACGACGUGAAGUACUGGAUGACGGUGAACGAGCCGAAACAAACCUGCAACAUGGGUUACGGUAACGGCAUUUUCGCGCCGGGCGUUAAGUCGCCCGGCGAGGGCGAGUACCUGUGCGUGUACCACGUAGUACUGGCGCACGCCACCGCCUGGAGGAUCUACGAUAAAGAGUUCAGGGCCCAGCAAAAAGGUAAAGUGGGAAUAGUGGUGGACUGCAGCUGGUACGAACCAGCGGAUUUGUGGAACAUCCAGGACCAACUAGCCUCACAACUGAAAUUACACUUUACGUACGGUUUAUACGUGAAUCCCAUCGUGUACGGGGAUUUUCCAUGGGCUGUAAAGAGCAUCGUGAAAAAACGCAGCCUUGCUCAAGGCUACAACAGGUCAAGGCUGCCCGAGUUCAGCCAGCAGCAAAAGGAAUUGGUCAAAGGUACCUACGACUUCCUGGGACUGAACUACUACACUGCCCGGUACAUCAAACCCGAUCCUGAUACGCCGGUGGACGGGAAAGGGUACGACUUCGACUCGGAAACCACGACCUUCGUCGAUCCGCAUUGGGAGAAAGGGGCGUCGUUUUGGUUAUAUGUGGUACCGUGGGGCAUAAAGAAGCUGGUGACCUGGUUGAGCCAAACCUACGGCAACCCGCCGGUUAUUAUAACCGAGAACGGUUACUCGGAGCACGGAACCAUGGACGAUCAGAAGAGAAUCAGUUACAUAAAGAGCCACCUGAGCAAUCUAAAGGAAGCCAUGAAUAAUGGCGUCAACAUAAAAGGUUACACCUAUUGGAGUUUGAUGGAUAAUUUCGAAUGGGUCGAAGGAUACGCAGUGAAAUUCGGUUUGUACCACGUGGAUUUCGAAGGAGCCAAAAGAAAUAGAACGGCAAAAUCAUCGGUGGAAUAUUACAAAAAAGUUAUAUCAACUAGAUGUUUAGUAGACAAAUGCAAAUGAUACUCAAAUAUUCGAUAUUUAUGUAUGUAAUUGUAAGAUAUCUUGUAAUUAGUUGGAGCUUAACGUAAUAUAUGUAUGACGUCAUACACCGUUAGUACUGAAUGUUUUAUAUGAUGUGUUUUACACAUA